CGAUAAUGGAUGCCAUUUGUUACAAUGAAAGUGUUCAGAAUAAACCUGUUAUGUUCUAUACACAUGAACCAGUUUACUUUGUUUAAAGCGUUUAGUAACUGAGUCAUUUCUUUCCGCAAGCAAAUCAGCAGACAGUGAGUGGAGUGAAUGAAUCAUGCCACUGGGGUUAAAACCGAGCUGUUCUUACUGCAAAACCAACUCAUCGUCUAUGUGGAAGAAGAGCAGCCAGGGAGAAAUCCUCUGCAUCACAUGUACAGCUAAAAGCAAUAACGCAGCAACGUCGGGACUGUCGGCCUCCUCCAACACCCAGCAGAAUAACUGUGGAGGAAAACAGUCUAAACAGGAGAUCCACAGAAGGUCAGCACGAUUAAGAAGUACUAAGUACAAGGCCCCUGCUACUGAGAAGAAAGUUUCUUCAAAGGGUAAAGGAAGACGCCACAUAUUCAAACUCAAAAACCCUAUCAAAGCUCCAGAGUCGGUGUCCACAAUAAUCUCAUCAGAGUCCAUCUUCUAUAAGGGUGUUUACUAUCAGAUUGGAGAUGUAAUAAAGGUGACAGAUGAAGAGGACGGUAGGCCAUAUUUUGCACAGAUUCGUGGAUUUGUUCAAGACCAGUACUGUGAGAAGAGUGCUGCUCUGACAUGGCUAGUCCCUACACAGUCGAGUCCUAGAGAUCAGUUUGAUCCAGGCACUUACAUUGUUGGUCCAGAAGAGGAUUUACCAAGGAAAAUGGAAUAUCUUGAGUUUGUUUGUCACGCACCUUCAGAGUAUUUCAAAUCAAGAAGCUCCCCUUUUCCAACAAUUCCUGUUCGCCCAGAGAAAGGCUACAUUUGGACCCAUAUUGGACCUACGCCCACUGUUGCAGUCAAAGAAACUGUUGGUUGUAAUUAAUUUUGCAAUUGAACUUUAUGAACAGAAAACAUGAUUAAAUCAUUUGAUAACUUUUUAGCAA